AUGACCGACAGCUUUAACACACCCAAGCCCAUCUUCGGCUCUGAGGCUGGAUCAAAGGAGUAUGCUGCUUCUCUUGAUAUGGCGGACCCCCUACGAGCACUGCGGGAUCAAUUCAUUAUUCCUUCUAAGGCUAACCUGGCGAGCAAGACGCUGGCUAAGCCUGGUCUUUCAAAUGAACCUUGUAUUUACUUUGCAGGUAACUCACUCGGUGUCCAGCCCAAAGCAGUGGGUAAGUAUAUGGAGGCACAGCUCGACACAUGGUCUGGAAUCGGUGUCCUCGGCCACUUCAUCGAGCUAGAAGGUUCACCUUUGAAGCCAUGGCAACUUCUUGCUGAGCAGGCUGCUGGAUCUAUGUCCAAACUUGUGGGCGCAUCGCCUGAAGAAGUCGCCGCCAUGGGCACAUUGACUGUGAACUUGCACCUGCUGCUUGCUAGUUUCUACAAACCGACAGAGAGCAGGAAAAAGAUUCUUCUAGACUGGAAGGCGUUUCCCAGUGACCACUACGCAAUCGAGUCACAGAUAGAGUGGCACGGUCUCGAUCCCAAAGAGACCAUGGUUCUCAUGGGUCCCGACGAGGGCGAGUACGAGGUCAAGACAGAAAAGGUUCUAUCCAUCAUUGAUCAACAUGCCGAUGAUGCAGCUCUUCUUAUUUUGCCCGCCAUCCAGUACUACACGGGCCAGCUUUUCGACAUCCCUAAGAUCACUCAAUAUGCCAAGGCACGCGGCCUCGUAGUGGGAUGGGAUUUGGCUCACGGGUAUGCCAAUGUUCCGUUCAAGCUGCAUGACUGGGACGUCGACUUCGCUGCUUGGUGCACUUACAAAUACGGUAAUGGAGGUCCCGGCUCGAUGGCUGGUUUAUUCGUGCAUGAGAAACAUGGAAGGGUGGAUUACAGUGCAGGUGAAGAUGGACCCAAGUUCCGACACCGGUUGACCGGGUGGUAUGGGGGUGAUCGAUCAGUACGCUUCAAAAUGGAUAACAAGUUCAAACCAAUCCCCGGUGCUGGAGGCUUCAUAGUUUCAAAUCCUGCUGUCAUUGACUUGACAACACUUAUAGCCUCUUUGACUGCUUUCGAAAACACCUCGAUUGAAGAGAUACGCCAGAAGUCAUUCAAGUUGACUGGGUAUGCGGAGUACCUUCUCUUGAAGGAUACUACAGAUGAGACCCGCCAGUUCACCAUCAUCACUCCAGCGGACCACCAUGCUCGUGGCGCCCAGCUCAGCGUACUGCUUAAGCCUGGUCUUCUUCACAAAGUCGCUGAGCGACUACAAAAUGCGGGCAUUAUCUGCGACAAGCGUGAGCCUGAUGUUAUUCGUGUUGCACCUGCUCCCUUAUACAAUACCUUCUCGGAGGUAUGGACGUUUGUAGAUACGUUCAAGUCUGCCCUGUCUUCAUAG